AGAGCCGCUCUCGCAACGUCCCGGGGGUGGAAGAGCUGCCUUAAAACUCGCCAUCCUUUUCUCUCGCACUCGCGCCUUCCCUGAACCGUGAGAACCUCCCCACCCCACAUCCCGGGGCACCCGCCUGUCCCAAACCCGUGUAGAAACGACCUGCAGGAGGGCAAAACUUGGCCCCGGCCGCCGGCGCACUUCUCCAGCGGGAGCCUUUGCGGGAACCGGGAAACUGCCGAGCGCUCGAGGGUGCAACCAUGGAGGCGCCUCGGAUGGGGAACCUCUAUCUGGAAGACCCCUUGCUCCAGGGAUACCUGAGAGCCCACCUGCCCGCCCAGGUGUUUGCCGAGGUGAACAUUGAUCUGGAACGGUUUGGAGCUCGUUUGAGAGAUGAAAUUGGCUUCUUGGGCCGUGAGUGUGACCUAAACCCUCCUAGAUUAUUGCAUUUUGAUGCCUGGGGACAGCGUGUGGACCAAGUGAUCACCUGCCCAGCCUGGAAGAGGCUGAAGGACAUCUGUGCUGAGGAGAGCCUUGUGGCUGAAGGUUAUACAAGGAGAUAU